AUGCGUCGACUCCCCGGCCGAGCGGGACUCCUUCUCGGCGUGGGGCUGCUGGCAGCGCUGCUGGCCGCGUCGCGGGGCCUCCCCCUGAGGAAGCCGCGGGGGCCGGGGACCAAGAGCCACGCGAGGCUGGCGGAGGCCUCAGCCUCCCCAGAUCCCAGCUCUCCCAGGGAGGAGGAGCAGUCACUACAGCUGUCCAGAGCCCACCUGCAGGCAGGGCCACGCCAACACAGGCGCCAGACUCUCAUGGAGCCAGCAGCCCUGACACCAGGCAGGGCCACCCCAUCUGGGACCCUGGAGGACACCCCCUCACUGCUGGAGCUGCAGAAGCUGCCAAGAUUGGCCAACACAGACUUGAGUGCCCCAAACCCCAAUAUCCAGGUAACCAUCGAGGUGGUGGAGGACCCCCAGGCUGAGGUGGAGAUGGACCUGCUGGCUGAGCCCAGCAAUCGCUGGCCCCAGGGUACUCCUAGAUGGUUGCCCGGCAAGGAACUCUUCUGGCCCCUCUUCUGGGGCUACUUGGAAGGCAAGGAAGGGGGCAUCAGUCUUGAGGGCAGAGCCCCCGAGGAAGAGGAGGAGGAAGAGGAGGAUUACCCUGCAGAGUAUGGUGAGGGUGAAGGCCAGGAGGACAGUGAUGAGGAAGAUGAAGAGGAAGAACAGGAGCCUUGGUCCAGUGGGGCCACAGACAGCUGGGACCGAGGCUGGCUUGCCCCUGGGGACUGGGCCUUCAAGGAGUCGGACAGCUAUGACUCAGAGCCUCAAGAGGAGUGGAGCCCCUGGUCUCCCUGUAGUGGGAGCUGCAGCAGUGGCAGCCAGCGGAGGACUCGGCCCUGUGGCUAUGCCUGCACUGCCACUGAGUCCCGUGCCUGCAACCUGCCCCCCUGUCCUGGCACCGAGGACGAGGAUACCUUAGGCUUCCCCAGUGAGGGAUGGCAGCCCCUGGCCCACAAUGCUACGGAUAUGCUUGGCCCAGAUUUGGACAGCUGUGAGAAGUGGCUGAACUGUAAGAGCAACUUCUUAGCCAAGUACCUGAGCCAGGUGCUGCGCGACCUGCCCAGCUGCCCGUGUGCGUACCCACUGGAGGCCGUGCACAGCGCUGUGAGCCUGCAGGAUGAGCACCAGGGCCGCAGCUUCCAGUGGAGGGACGCCAGUGGCCCUCGAGAGCACCUAGAUGUUUAUCAGCCCACUGCACGCUUCUGCCUGCGCUCUCUGCUGUCUGUGGAGAGCAGCACACUGGCCGCCCAACACUGCUGCUACGAUGAGGGCAGCCGGCUCCUGACGCGUGGCAAGGGUGCUGGGGCACCUAACCUCAUUAGCACCGACUUCUCCCCUGAGCUGCAUUUCAAGGUGGACACACUGCCGUGGAUCCUGUGUAAGGGGGACUGGAGCCGCUACCAUGCCGUGCGGCCCCCUAACAACGGCAGGGCCUGUGCAGACAACCCCCCAGAGGAGGAGUACCUGGCCCAGUUGCAGGAAGCCAAGGAAUACUGA